AUGGCAACAUCGCAGCAGCCAACUGUGUCGCUUUAUCCACUCUCUGGGUUCAGUUUUGGUGCCAAAGAUCCUCAAAUGGAAGACGAUCAAACCAUGUCAGCCAAACUGAAUCGUCUACAAUCUGAAUUCGAGAUUCAAGGCAUGAGAACCUCAGUCGAGGGUGUGUUGUUGGUCCAUGAACAUGGUCAUCCUCAUAUUCUUAUGCUUCAAGUUGCAAACUCUUAUUACAGUCUUCCAGGAGGCAUUCUCAAGCCAGGAGAGGAUGAGAUUGAAGGACUGAAACUAAGAAUUAACCAAAAACUAGCUCCGAUUGGCCAUGAUCAAACCUCGGAAUCUGAUUUUGAUGUUGGUGAGCUUAUCGGUGUUUGGUGGAGACCUAGCAUUGAAUCCAUUAUGUACCCAUACGUUCCGGCUCAUAUCUCACGUCCCAAGGAAAUGCGCAAAGUAUACUUGAUACAUUUACCUGAAAAGAAAUUACUUUCUGUGCCUAAAAAUAUGAAACUAUUGGCAGUUCCACUGUUCGAGUUGUAUGAUAACGCUGCAAGAUACGGUCCACAUCUUACUACAUUGCCCAACUUGCUCUCUAGAUUUAAUUUUGUUGCUCGAUAA